AUGCACGGAUGGUUCGUUUUCCUGUUCCCAUACCGACUUGGCAUUGGACUCCGCCGGGGGCUUGGGGUGGCAACGUGGAGUGUGGGGACACCACGCGAGCGGGAGAACUUCAAGGCGAGCUCGCGUUUGCCGGCGAGUCUGCCGGCCCUGACUCCCAACAGCCUUCCGCUCAUUGUCGGUGUACAGCCAUCUGCUGCGUUGACUUCGCUGAAUGAUUUGGCAGUUUUGUCUCGGGGGCUCGUGGAGGAGCAUUUAUCGGUGAAAGGAGCCAUACUGUUUCGCAACCUGCCAAUCUCCACGUUUGACGAGGCAGGUAGUUUCAUUUCUUCCCUCGGUUACACCAUGUACCAUGAUCCCAGCGGUCGAGAGAAGGUGGCAGAGGGUCUGUACCAUUCGUCGCUGGCUGUUCCCGCAGACAUCAACAUCGCUCCCCAUCAGGAGCACAUAGUAUCCAACAAACCUCCCAGCAAGUUGUUCUUGUAUUGCCAAAGUCCUUCUUCGGACGGAGGUGAGACUCCCUUGGCGCACGCAGGAGACGUGUGGGAUUUGCUUCAGAGCACCACACAAGCUCAACUGCGCCGACGGGGUGUUCGCUUUGAGAUGGUUCGGGGCAAUGCUGGCGAUCCUGGCAACCCUGUGCAAUUUACCCGGAGUUGGCAAGAGCAUUUCUCUACUGAUGAUUUGCAGACCGCUAUCGACAAAGCGACAGAAGACUUUAACGGCACCGUCCAAGUAGAUGAUCAUGGCAACAUCAUGCUCCGUAGUAGAUUCCUUCUCCCGGUGCAGGUGGUACAAGGAAGGGAAAUAUUCAGCUCGCAGCUGCAAAACAUUUACAGUUUGCGAUGGUUGUGGGGGGAUGCUGUUGAGUACGUGCCGGACGACAUUCUGGAAGACGUUAUGAGUGCUGUGUGGAAUGCGGCCACAGUCUUCCAAUGGAAGGCAGGCGAUCUUCUUGUGGUGGACAAUGUGAAGGUCUUGCACGGGAGAUUGUCGUACCAAGGAACCUUCCCCGUCCGCCUGCGGCUGCAUUUGCUGAGCCCGCUGCUCGUGAUUCGAAGUGAUGACUCCGGCUGUGUGGGCACUGCGCCGGAAGCAUACGGCCAUGAUCACAGGGAUAGUGAGGGCGCGUCCAUCCUAUGCUGCUUAUACCACGAUAUGGUAGCGUAUGAGCCGAGUGUGCUCAUGAACCGAUUCUCGCGAAGCGAGGGCGUCCGAUCGGAGGGACCCCCGAGGCUUCUGUCGGUUGGUGGAAGAGAAGGUCCUGGACAGCAGAUCAAUGGAGAUUACGAGCUCCUGGAGGGCACAAGACCUCACGGCCGACCCUGCUGGCUGCGUCGGGGUAAACCGCUACCAAACACCGGAACAAACGGACUGGCAGAGCACGACGGCGAGCUGCGGCCGCUAUACCUCUUCUUCGGUGAAAUGGGCUACUGGAGCAUUGCCGCAUCAGUCCUUGCGGCAGGGGUGCACGUGUUGGCACGGUGCGGGCCCGACUUCUCGUCGUCAUCGCCUGAUAUGUGUACGCUGCCGUGGACGGUGUUUGCCUUUGGGAAGGCACAGCGAGACGCCAGCAUCUUGUGCUUCAGACACGACCUUUCCGCAGAUGUACCAAAGGUGUUGAAUGUCUCCGGCUGCAGAGGGGAUCACGGGCAGCUGAAUGGCAGCUACACUCAUUUACAAGGAGUAAGAGUGAGCAGCCGUCCGGUCUUUGUGAAAGACUGCCGUGCUCGUGAGGGUGAAGAGAGGAAGGUCUUGCACUUCUCCCAGCGCUCCGGGAGGUGGUUCAUUUCGAGCGUGAGCUUGGGCUCCUUGGAGGUGGAUCAACUCAGUACGUCUUCCGACGGGAUGGACCGAACGGACUUCAGUCCACAGUGGCACAGUGCCACAACGCUGGCCAGGACUGUCGCCAUGGCAGUUUUGGAGAUCCGCGUGCUCUUGGAGACCAAUGUCGUGGAUACCAUUUGUGUAAAAGCUGAUGAGGUGAAGGACCUGCCUGGCGAAGCCUUUGAUGUCAUCUGUCAGAGGGCGCAGCAAGCAGUGGGAAACAAGGCCAUCAAGCGCAUCUUCUACGUCGACGAUGAAGGCGAUGCUUGCACAUUGGCUCCUCCAUCCGUUUCCGAUGCCUUGGAUUUGUGCAGAAACGGAGUCCUGGAGCUGCGCAUCAUGCUGGAGGAGGCGACAGCUGCAAUUGCCCAAAGUCAAAACUCGUCACCAUCAAUGGUAGGCGAAAGCGGCGAAGAUGAGGCCUGUGUAAGGCACAGCCACCUGAAGAUGGUGCCUGAAGUGCUCAAGGACGGUGUGACUGCUUUCACUGACAGAAGCUGUGUGUACAAGGGCGUCCCUCAGCAACUUACUGGGGCCACUCUAUUCAGAUCGCGGUAUAUCGUCCCUGAAGACACCGAGUUCACGGUGCAGGCACGAGCAGGAUCGCCUGUCUAUCUGUUUAGCGAGGCCCACCGUGAUGGUGGCUUUCCAAUGCUCGGCUGGCAGCAAGAAGAUGCUGGGCGUUUUCACUGGCAAGACUUGGACGGCAAAGCGUAUGCACUGAACGUGUGGAAGAAGAUUCAUCCGGGCGUUGAAGACAUGAAGAUCCCGAUCAUGAAUUCUCUGGUUGGUGGGAUUGCAGUGCAGGCCAGCCAGCAGACUGAGGCUGAGGCGGCAAAGGACGACACAAAAGCGAACCUGCUUCUGGACAUGCUGAGGAAGACUCAUGGUGGCAAUGCCAGAGAAGUUCUGAGAGCCUUUGGGCAAGCCAUUUUGCAGUGGCUGAGCGAGAUGCAAGAGGAACUGCCAGUUCAGUGCUUGACACUGCUCGCUCCCAUGCAUGCGUUGGCGAAUGGAAGCUUCCAUGAAGAAGAGUUGCUAUCGUAUGCACAGACGGCCGUGGAAGCCUAUGAGAGCCUCGAGCCCAACAUCAAGAUGGAAGUCCGGGACAGAUUGCAAGACUUGUCAAAGAUGCUGCGCUCACCGCAGCAAGUCCACCAUGGAAUAGUCUGCGAUGGAUGUCAGCAGACUCCCUUGCAGGGCAGGCGUUUCAAGUGUAAAGUGUGUCCAGACUACGACCUUUGCCAGACAUGCUUGGAGAAGGAUUGCCACCAUGGACAUGAGUUCGAAGAAGUGCCAGAAUGCCGAGCUCCUGGCAAUGUGUGUCCAACGUGGCAACCAACAGUUUAUUGCGAUGGAUGUGACGCACACCCUCUGGAAGAAGCGAACCGUUACAAAUGCACUAUCUGUGAAGACUACGACCUUUGCAAGAACUGCUUCAGCUCCAGGCAGCAUAUCCAUCCCGAGCAUGACAGUUGGAUGCACCAGGGCGCGCAAGUUGCAGAAGCUGCUCCUCCGAACAUCCAGAGUUUGGACGCGAAGGCCAGCAUUACCGCCAUGGCAUCCCUGCUGCAGCACAGCGAUCCAAAGGUGCGGGCAGCCGCCAACAACGCUCUAAGAAGCGCCGGAGCCACAAGCCUUGCCUCCGAGAAGGUGCAGGAGGACUCAGACAUCAGUGAUGGCUGGGAGAGGUUGGACAGCCUCGAUCAGGUGUCAGCGAAGGAGGACUCUGUGUCAGACAUCAAUGAUGGCUGGGACAGGCUGGACAACGUGGAUCAAGCCUCUGCAAAGGUAAUCCAUGCCAGCGUCUUCGCCAACACCGCAGUUGUACGCCCGCUGAACCUGGAGAUGAUCCACCAUCGCUGCAAGGUCUCCCGCCUGGCACACCUGGAGAUCGAUCAUACGGCCUCGAUGGAGUCCAGAGCCAUUGUGAAGGCGGUGGUCGUGAACGAUGGCACAGAACCAUGGCCAGAGGCCUCACUUUUAAAGCUCAGCGAGGGCCCUUCGUGUGGCUUCCGUGAACUUUCUCUUGGAGCGGUUCCACCCGGCGAGACGGUUGAGCUGGUACUGGACCUGAGCUUCCUACCGGGUCAUGUGGGCGAUCACGUCGUCUCAGUAUGGUCCCUCGUCGACAGCAACGGGGAAGCUUUUGCUCCCCCAAUGGUGGUCGAGGUGACGUUCUUCGGCCGCAAGAUGCCAACCAGCUUAGGAGUCCACUGGCCUGGACCUCGUCGUGCAGCCCUGAAACACCGCUCGCGAUACGAGCCGACCCUGUUACCUUUGUACCAUGCCAAGAACUUCAAGUCGGAGAGGGACCUGCCAGACAGGCUUCCCGCAGCAUCGGGCGAUCUUCGGCCCUUUCACGAAGCUCUUCAAUCGGGAGCCCCACGCAUGACGAACUUGGAGACACCUCUGGCACCGCACAGAUCUGUGCGACUGAGGUGCAGGGUGAAGACUUCGUCCUUUGCCUUCAUUUUCGAGACCUUAGCGGCGGAUCAGAAUGUUUUGGCCUCAGUGGAGACUAUGUGCGGUCUGAUCAGCUUUAUGGAGAUCGACCCGUUUUCAUCAAG